AUGGCGGUGUCGGCGUCGUCGUCGGGGGUGCGGGCGCGGGCGAGGUUGCUGGCGUGCGUGGCCGUGGCGGCGCUGCUGCUGCUCGCGCCGGGCGACGUGGACGCCGGCCGGCAUGGGCACGGGCGGGGGCGGGGGCGGGGGCGCGGGAGCGGGAGCGUGGCACACAGGCAUACCAAGGGCCUGCGGCCGGGGAAGGCGAUGGCGGCGAGGCCGUACCCGGCGAACGCGACGGCGGCGGAGGCGAUCGAGCGGAGGUUCACGCGGUGGGUGCGGUUCAUGGGCGGGCUUGACCACAGCGUGUUCCAGCGCGCGCUCAACCGCGCGCUGCUCCCGUCGACGCGCACGAUCGUCGUGGACAGGACGCCCGGGGCGGGAGACUUCACCACCAUCCAGGCCGCCGUGGACUCGCUCCCGCUCAUCAACCUGAUGCGCGUCGUCAUCAAGGUCAAUGCCGGCACCUACACGGAGAAGGUGAGCAUCUCGCCGCUGCGCGGGUUCGUGACGGUGGAGGGCGCGGGCGCGGACCGGACGGUGGUGCAGUGGGGCGACACGGCGGACACGGCCGGGCCCUGGGGCCGCCCCUUCGGCACCUUCGCCUCCGCCACCUUCGCCGUCAACUCGCAGUUCUUCGUCGCCAAGAACAUCACCUUCAAGAACACGGCGCCGGUGCCUCGGCCGGGCGCGCUGGGGAAGCAGGGGGUGGCGCUGCGGAUAUCGGCGGACAACGCGGCGUUCGUGGGGUGCAACUUCCUGGGCGCGCAGGACACGCUGUAUGACCACCUGGGCCGCCACUACUACAAGGACUGCUACAUCGAGGGCUCCGUCGACUUCAUCUUCGGCAACGCCCUCUCCCUCUACGAGGGUUGCCACGUGCACGCGAUCUCGCCGCACUACGGGGCGCUGACGGCGCAGAACCGGCGGAGCAUGCUGGACGACACGGGGUUCUCCUUCCUCAACUGCCGGGUGACGGGGUCGGGGGCGCUCUACCUGGGCCGCGCCUGGGGCACCUUCUCCCGCGUCGUCUUCGCCUACACCUACAUGGACAACAUCAUCAUCCCCCGCGGCUGGUACAACUGGGGCGACCCAACGCGAGAGAUGACGGUGUUCUACGGGCAGUACAAGUGCUCGGGGCCGGGGGCCAACCACGCCGGCAGGGUGGACUGGUCCCGGGAGCUCACCGACGAGGAGGCCAAGCCAUUCAUCUCCCUCAGCUUCAUCGACGGCCUCGAGUGGCUCAGGUUGUAG